AUGUCUACACUCACAACAGCGCGGUCAAUUGACCCGUUUCCUACCUCGGGCCACCACCAACUCGGAGAGACCGACAUCAGCACCGUCGGCCGCAAGCCGCAAGGAAACCACUCCGAUUUCGUGCGAUGGCGUCCAUCUUUCCAUCUUUUGGCACCCCAUGGAUGGUUAAACGAUCCGUGUGGUCCGGGUUAUGACUCUUCUCGGGGACGGUAUCUCCUGGCGUUCCAAUGGAAUCCCAAUGGUAACGACUGGGACAACAUAUCUUGGGGGCUUUCAACAUCAAAAGACCUCGUAUCAUGGGAAACAUUUUCGCAGCCAUGCCUUGUCCCAGCCGCUCCGUAUGACCGUCUUGGUAUCUUCACCGGCUGUCUCCGGUCUACCAAUGUUGAUGGAAAGCAAGAUGGAACACUGACCUAUCUAUACACGUCGGUCAACCAACUUCCUAUACAUUUUACGAUCCCCUAUACCCCGGGAUGUGAGACUUUAAGUAUUGCUGUUUCGCACAAUGGGGGCGACACGUGGGAGCGAUUGCCAUUUAACCCCAUUCUUCCUGGCCCGCCGGAGAGUCUUAAGGUCACCGGCUGGAGAGACCCAUUCAUUUCAUCUUGGAGGUCUGCACCAGCACAGGUCCGUCGGGAAGGUGUGCUGUACGGUUUCAUCUCAGGCGGUCUUUCUGAUGUAACACCAACAGUGUUCGUUUACACUAUCAACGAGCACAAUCUGGCUGAAUGGAAGUUUGCUGGGCCUCUGAUAGAUGUGGGACUCAACCUGCGACCUUCGCGCUGGACUGGAGAUUUUGGGGUGAACUGGGAGGUGGCCAAUUUGGUCACCCUCACAGAUAACGAAGGCAGUUCGCGUGAUUUUCUCAUAAUGGGGUCGGAGGGCUGUCUACCUCGAGACGAGAAAGAACGUGCUGACAACCCCAUUGCAAGAGAUUCCAGAAUCCAUCGGUCACAGCUGUGGAUGUGUGUCAAGGAGAGGAACCCAUCUGAUGGUUCUAAGUCUGCUGCACUUAUGGAAUACUCUUUUGGUGGGAUCUUCGACAACGGACUGUUAUACGCAGCAAAUUCGUUCUGGGACCCCGUGAUCGAGCAGCAAGUCGUGUUUGGCUGGAUCACAGAGGAGGAUUUGCCUGAUAACCUGCGUCAUCGACAAGGUUGGAGUGGUCUGAUCUCGUUGCCACGAGUGCUCAGUUUGAUGACGAUCCACCGCGUGAAGAGAGCACGAUCGACAGCCGAUGUUAGGGACAUCACCUCUAUCGAAGCUACCCCAGACGAUUCUGGGACACACACAAUCCGAACCAUGAAGAUUAGCCCUGAUCCAAGACUGCGGAGACUUCGAAUGAACUCACGGAAGACCGAUUUCGCUCACUCUCGACUGUAUCCUGUUGGAAAUGGAACUACCAAGACAACUGAAUCCACAUUCUUGCCUUUGUAUACAUCCCGAUGGGAAGUGGACGCCAGAUUUGAUGUCGGCCAUGAGUGUAGUCGAGUUGGUAUUGUUAUAUACCAUGACGCAGCUCUCCAGGAUAAGACUCUACUCGUUUGGGAUCAAAAUAGCGAGACCUUUAUGAUUGAGAGACCGAAUAUAUGGAGAAAGCAGUCUGAUACUUCUGUCAAUCACGCACCUGAAGUCAGCCCUCACACCUUGUUCACGUAUAUUUCACACACCAAGUCUGGCGAUGGUUGCGGAGUCGAUGAGGAAAGAGAAGAACCACUUCACAUUCACGCAUUCUACGACUCAAGUGUCCUUGAGGUGUUUAUCAACGAACGGACUGUUCUCUCGACACGUAUCUACUAUCCGGCCGAUAUUAAUGGUGCUUUCGACAUUGGGUGUCAUGGAAUCUAUUUCUUUGCUGAAGGGUCUAAUUUUACUGAUGCGCGCGAACCUUCCAGCAUUGCAAAUGAGUCCAGUACUACAGCAUUACUCGGCGCCACGGUUUGGGAUGGGCUGGGAGCAUAG